UACUGUAAAUUUAACUGUUUUGUCAUCUCUUCAUAGGUCAAAAUGGUGCGGAUGAAUGUAUUGGCAGAUGCCCUAAAAUGUAUAGCAGCAGCUGAGAAAAAGGGCAAACGUCAGGUGUUAAUCAGGCCCUGUUCAAAAGUCGUCAUUAGAUUCCUCACAGUGAUGAUGAAGCAUGGUUACAUUGGGGAAUUUGAAAUUGUUGAUGACCACAGAAAUGGCAAAAUUGUUGUCAACCUUACUGGCCGAUUAAAUAAAUGUGGAGUGAUCAGUCCCAGAUUUGACAUUUCAAUCAGAGACAUGGAGAAGUGGACAACAAAUUUACUGCCAUCUCGACAGUUUGGAUUCAUUGUCCUAACAACAUCAGGUGGUAUUAUGGAUCAUGAAGAGGCUAGGCGAAAACACUUAGGAGGAAAAAUUCUGGGAUUCUUUUUCUGAAAAUAUCACCUGUAAAUAUGCACUAAUAAAGGUGCAGAAAGUA